AUGGACAACCGGACGUUUGUGUCGGAUUCCCUUCUUCGCCUUACCAACGCGUCGGAUCCUACCGUUGUUGACUUCGUGCUUGCGACCGCUAGCUCCGCCAAGUCAGCAAAUUCACUGCAGGAAAAACUUGUUACUUUUCUGGAUAGCGACUCGAGUGACAUUGGUACGUUCUGCAAUGAGCUGUAUGGACGGGUCAAUACAGGUAGCAAAAAUGGAGCCGGCGAUGGUAUGCCGAGCAAAGCGCGUGGAGAUAUCGCGCCAAUGAAAAAAUACCGGCUUUUGGAUAUGGAGGAUGAAGUUCCCGAAUCCGCAGGCUCACUGGGACCGACAAACGUCGAGGCGGAAAGGGACCGGCGGAGACGAAGGGACAAGGGUCGGAAUCGUGGCGAAGACAAAGAGGAAAAAAGGAAGCGUGAACGUAGUCGCGAGGAUCCAGGCAGCUGGGACCGGCCUCAGUCUAAGAAGCUGCGGCGACGGGACGUGAAUGAUUUCGAAGACCGUUGGGGCGACGAAGAGAUCCCCGACGACGAACGGUACGCCGAAACGCAAGAGCACGAUUUCCAGCACGAUUUCCAAGAAUCACCCUCGAAACGUACACGCCUAGAGGAUGGGUCCGCUUCACCACGGUCAACUAUAUCUGCGGACCUAGACCCCGAAAUAAGGAAGGAGAUGGAACGAAAGCGAGAUCUGGCGGAGCGAGAUGAGUUUGCUAAACGGUUAGCUAAGAAGGACGAUAGAAGUACCAAAAAAAUAGUUGAGGAUCGGACGAGAGCUGGUGAAGCUGCUCGCAGACGGACUUUGGCGGAUGAUGCAUCUGCCAGAGCAGCCGUCAUGCCAGACCUGCGACUACGCUCCCGACAAGAGUAUCUCAAGAAGCGCGAGACAGAGCGACUAGCUCUUCUGCGCAAACAGGUUGCGGAGGAAACUGCUGAGUUGCGGGAGAACCCAUCCUUGACGCGCAGGGAGAAGGAGGAGUUUGCCAGGAAUCGAGAAGUGCUCCGAAUUGCUGAGGAACGACUUCGAAUCGAUGACCACCGCGAUGGCUACAUGAUGCCGGAGGACUACAUUACGGAGAAGGGGAAAAUUGAUCGAAAGAAGAAAGAAGAAGCUCUCUAUAAGCGAUAUGUUGACCGCGACGACCACGGACAAGAGCGAUUCAUAACAGAACAUGAAGAGUGGGAGAUGGAGCAAACGGCCAAGGCAAAGGCUCAAAUCAGCAGGGCAGAGUUUGUUGAUGAAGGUGACUAUGAAUAUGUCUUCGAUGAUUCGCAAAAAAUCAAUUUCAUCAUGGACGCCAAGAUGGAGGGCACUCAAAAACCUAUGACCCAGGAGCAACGAGCGCUCCAAGAGAAACUCGACGCCGCAGAGAAGAAGGCCGCGUCAAUUGAAGAUACGCGGAAAAGCUUGCCAAUUUACCAAUUCCGAGACCAGAUCAUCCAAGCGGUCCAGGACCACCAGGUUCUCAUCAUCGUAGGUGAAACUGGAUCUGGUAAGACCACUCAAAUCCCCCAGUACCUUCACGAGGCCGGGUAUACCAAGAAUGGGAUGAAGGUCGGGUGUACGCAACCUCGACGAGUUGCUGCCAUGAGCGUUGCGUCUCGGGUGGCGGAAGAAAUGGGAGUGAAGAUUGGCAAUGAAGUAGGAUAUGCCAUUCGAUUUGAGGACAACACGAGUGACAAGACCGUUCUCAAGUAUAUGACUGACGGCAUGCUGUUACGUGAGCUGUUGACAGAGCCUGACUUAGGCCAAUACUCGGCGCUGAUGAUUGACGAGGCGCACGAGCGGACGGUGCCCACAGACAUCGCCUGUGGUCUCUUGAAAGAUAUCGCCAAGGCACGGCCGGAUCUGAAGUUGUUGAUUUCGUCUGCAACUAUGGAUGCGCAGAAGUUCCAGCAGUACUUUGAUAAUGCGCCCAUAUUCAACAUACCUGGCCGUCGGUAUCCCGUGGAUAUCCAUUAUACCUCGCAACCGGAGGCGAAUUAUCUGGCAGCCGCGAUCACAACAGUAUUUCAGAUUCAUAUCACUCAGGGUCAGGGCGACGUUUUAGUGUUUUUGACCGGCCAGGAGGAGAUCGAGGCGGCGGAGCAAAGUCUACAGGAGACGGCGCGAAAACUCGGGGGCAAGAUCCCAGAGAUGAUUAUUUGUCCGAUUUAUGCCAACCUGCCCUCUGAACUCCAGACUAAGAUCUUCGAACCUACCCCACCAAAAGCACGAAAAGUGGUUCUGGCCACCAAUAUAGCAGAGACCAGCUUGACUAUCGAUGGAAUCGUCUACGUGAUCGAUCCGGGCUUCGCCAAGGAAAAUGUCUUCAACCCUCGGACUGGGAUGGAAAGUCUAGUGGUGACACCGUGCUCGCGAGCAUCUGCCAACCAGCGGGCAGGUCGAGCUGGUCGAGUAGGACCAGGCAAAUGCUUUCGUUUGUACACCAAAUGGGCCUACCAUAACGAGUUGGAGGAGAGUACGACGCCGGAGAUUCAACGAACGAACUUGAAUAGCGUCAUCCUGAUGCUCAAGUCGCUUGGGAUCGACCAGCUGCUGGAAUUUGAUUUUAUGGACCCUCCACCAGCCGAGACGAUCAUUCGUGCAUUGGAACAACUGUAUGCGCUGGGCGCGCUGAACGACCGGGGCGAGUUGACCAAAGUCGGCCGGCAGAUGGCAGAGUUCCCUACGGACCCCAUGCUGGCCAAGGCGAUCCUAGCAGCGGAUAAGUACGGCUGCGUGGAGGAGGUUCUGUCCAUUGUGUCAAUGCUAGGCGAAGCUAGCGCUCUGUUCUUCCGGCCCAAAGACAAGAAGAUCCAUGCGGAUAGCGCGCGUAAUCGGUUCACCAUCAAGGACGGAGGCGACCACUUGACUCUGCUCAACAUCUGGAACCAGUGGGUGGAUUCCGACUUCAGUUACGUUUGGGCCAAGGAGAACUUCCUGCAGCAGCGCAGUCUGACGCGGGCGCGUGAUGUGCGCGACCAGCUAGCGAGGUUAUGCGAUCGAGUUGAAGUGACGGUCAGCACUUGCGGAUCGACCAACCUGAUUCCGAUCCAGAAAGCCAUUACUGCCGGGUUCUUCCCGAACGCGGCCCGGCUGCAGCGUGGCGGUGACAGUUACCGAACGGUGAAGAAUGGCCAGGUGGUUUACCUGCAUCCAUCCAGCACGCUAUUCGAAGUGAAUCCUCGAUGGGUGAUCUACUUUGAGUUGGUUCUGACGAGUAAGGAGUACAUGAGGAGCAACAUGCCGUUACAGGCGGAAUGGCUGGUAGAAGUGGCGCCGCAUUAUUACAAAAAGAAGGACCUGGAAACUCUAGGACUAGAGAAGAAGAUGAAGGGCACAGGGGCAGCGGGGGAGAAGAGCCGUGAUUGA